UCGCUCAAAUUUCAUUCAGAAAACUCCCAAAGUUCCGAAGAAUGAGUUGUGCCCCAUUUUCAAGGUUGCCACAAUUUGCCGAAAGUCCCGAAAUUCCGCUCUAGUGUUUCAAGCCUCUCUCCCGAAUCUAUUCUCAGCGGUCGCUAUAUAUGGCCCGCAAAAUUACGUACGCCAGGCGUCGACCCGAGCUUAUUUAAGCCUCUCGUUCCGUUCUGUAAACCCAGUCGCGGGUUUUCCUCCAGUAGACUCUUUACACAACAAAAUGGCGGACAAGGAGAAGAAGGUCAAGAAGAAGAAGAAGGAAGAUGCGCCCGACGCAGCCCCGGCUCCAGCCGAGACCAGGACCUCCUCCAAAGGCUCCUCCAAGAAGGCCAAAAGGUCCGGCUCCAACGUCUUCUCCAUGUUCUCGCAAGCCCAAGUAGCCGAGUUCAAGGAGGGCUUCCAGCUCAUGGACCACGACAAGGACGGCAUCAUCACCAAGGCCGACCUGCGGGCCACCUUCGACGCCGUGGGCAAGCUCUCCAACGAGAAGGAGCUCGACGAGAUGAUCAACGAGGCCCCCGGCCCGCUCAACUUCACCCAGCUGCUGGGGCUCUUCGGCACCAGGAUGCAGGACUCCGGCGGCACCGACGACGAUGAGGUCGUGGUGGCCGCCUUCAAGUCCUUCGACGAGAACGGCACCAUCGACAGUGAAAGGUUUAGGCACGCGCUCAUGACCUGGGGCGACAAGUUCACCGCCAAGGAGGUGGACGACGCCUUCGACGCCAUGGACAUCGACGACAAAGGCAGGAUCGACACCCAGGCCCUCAUCCAGCUCCUCACCGCCGCCCCAGAGGAGGAAGGCGAAGGAGAAGCCGCCUAAAGCAUCGUACUCAUCGUUUCAUCAUCUCGUCAUAACUGCAGUUAUCUCAUCAUUUCGUGGCAUGGUCUACAUCAUUUGAGCUCAUUACAAGAAAUUGCCAUUUUGUACAUGUCGUACUCGGGAGCAGUCGCUUCAACAACACGCGACUGCUGAAUAAAUCAUUAAUUUUA